GGUGGAAGAAGAAGAAUUUUGAACGGCUCUUGGAAAAUCUGUUACAAAUCUGUGAAAAUUGUUGUUUUCACAGAAAUCUAUGUAUUUACCGGUUGGUCAUGACAUCGGUGAAGAGUGUGUGCGAAAAUAUGCCGUUUCGACCAUCAACAAAGUAUGAAGAAUUGAACGAAAUUGGAACCGGUGCAUAUGGAACCGUGUACAAAGCCAUUGACAAACAGAACCCGGGCCUGGUGGUGGCCCUCAAGAAAGUCCGCGUGAAACUCACGGACGAUGGCGUGCCCAUGUCCACCCUCAGGGAGAUCGCCCUCCUGAAGCAGCUGGAAUCGCAUUCUCACCCAAAUAUUGUCAAGCUGAUUGACGUGUGCCAUGGCCAGAGAUUGGAGCGAGAGCAGCAGCUGGUGCUGUACCUGGUGUUCGAGCACUUGGAGCAGGAUCUGGCGGGAUACAUUCAGCGACUGCCCGCCACUGGAAUGACUCCACACACGCUCCAGAGACUCUCGCUGGAACUGCUGACCGGCGUGGACUUUCUGCACUCGCACCGCAUCAUCCACAGAGAUCUGAAGCCUCAGAAUCUGCUCGUGUCGUCGUCAGGGCACCUCAAACUCGCGGACUUCGGUCUGGCCAAGACGUAUGACUUCGAGAUGAAGCUCACGUCGGUGGUCGUCACGCUGUGGUAUCGCGCUCCGGAGGUGCUCCUCAACCAGCCAUACAGCAGCGCUCUGGACAUCUGGAGCGCCGCCUGCAUCAUCGCUGAGAUGUUCUCCAGGGAGCCUCUUUUCCCGGGCGCUUCAGAGAAGAAUCAACUGGACAGAAUAUUCGAUUUGACCGGACGACCCAGCGCCAAUGCCUGGCCGGCGGGAAUUUCCAUCACGCGCGAGAGUUUCGCCAACCGCUCCUCGAAGCAACCGCGCGAUCUCUGCCCGUAUCUGUGUGAAUACUCCAACGAUCUUCUCGCGCAAAUGUUGGCAUUCGAUCCCAGAAGUCGUCCUUCCGCCGCAGAAUGCCUUCAUCACACUUACUUCAAGCAGGAACCGCUCUAACAUCCAUCCCGGCGCAGUUUCUUAAGUCUUAUGAUGUUUUAACGGAUCCAGAUCUCGGCAUUUUUAUCCAGUAAUAUUCACGCUAGAACGGGGAAAUUGUAGUUCGGACGUAGCGAUUAAGGAUAGUUUGUUUGUCACUGCGUGGAGAAACACCAAAAUUUUGUGAUAAAGAUUCGGUUUUCUAAGCAAAAUUUCAUUUUCGUCACUUUAGAAUUGCGCAGUGGUUUUAGUUCACUAAGUUAGCUGUUAAUUUUCGUGUAGGUUGUUAAGUAAGAGUGUUGUGGAGUCCCGCAGAAGAGCGGGAGACACGCGAAAGAACUGAUUUUUGAAAGAGGGGUUUCUUGAGAGGUCGUAAAAUGUAUAUCAAGCCAUCAAUCUUUACAAAGCGUCAAUUGUAGGUUUAGAUUAAGCAAGAGAAAGAGCAGAUGAAAAUGUAGUUCACCAAUGAAAAGGGGCCACUAAGACCCUCACUAGAUUAUUAGGAUUUACCAGUAGAAAGAAAGAGCGGACAUAGAAGAGAGAGAAGCAAUCAUUUCAUGAAGAAAAAACUCACUCGACCAUCGAAAUUCUGCAGAGGUUGUUUUUAACACGGAAAUUAUAUCCUUGAAUGUGAUUGCAGUAUUUGGCAUUAUGACAAAAUUUAUACACAAUGAAUAUUUUUUGGCGAUUUUGUAGUUAAAAUUAUAUUUUUGGAAAAAUAAAAGACAUUCCUACGUGGAAUUUCUCUGAAGAUAUCUGAGAGGAUAUCUUUAGAGAUGU